UGUAUGCACUCGUCGGUCUCACUCGUGCUUACAGCGCAGUAGUCGCACAAGUUUCAACGUAGAGAGAAGCCAAUUCUGUUGUUAACAUUUCAUCAAUCGUCCGGAUCGCCCCUCACCUCCUUCCUGGAAGGCUUUCCCGAUUAUACUGCGAGUGUUACGAUCGGGCGCGACCAAGGCGCAACCAAAGUGUGACGGCGUGUGAAGGCGGAAGGGGACACGUCAAACAUGGCUGAAGCCGCCGUGGAUGGGACUCCGAUGUCCCGAUUUUUUUGUCACAGAUGCAGCGUCGAAAUUGAACACUUGUUACCCGACUACACUUGUCCAAACUGCUCAAGUGGAUUUAUUGAAGAGUUAGAUGCUGCAGGCAACGAUGGAGGUGCGGAUAUGGACAUUAGCAGCGAAGACCUCAGUGAUGUCGACGCUGAUAUUGCAGGUUUUGAUUUCCCGCAACGAAUCGGGCAGGAGUUGAGCGAUUUAUUCCUUGGACUGACGGGUGCUGGUAGUGCUAUUUCCACUGCUAUUAACAGCCCAGCUGUGGUUGCAGGUGGUGCCAGUAGCGGCAGAAGCAGUAGGCCGGGAAGUGAGAGGCGAGUGCUUAGAGCCCGUGAACGAAUAGACCCUGUCCGCCCUGGCAGGCACACUGCACUUAUCUCUCGCCCCAGGCCUCAAAUCCUUCGUGAUCGUGCCAGGCAAGUAAUGCCCGUACCAAUUGAACAUCUGAUACAAGACUUCAUCCUCAAUUUAUCUGGAGUUGGAUGGGGUGUCCCAGUGGGACAAGGCCAACCCCCUGUCCUCUUUUUGGGCAAUCCGGGAGACUAUGUUUGGGGCCGAGACGGACUGGAUGCAAUAGUUACGCAAUUACUAAAUCAAAUGGAAGGCACUGGCCCACCUCCACUGCCUCGAGACCAAAUAGAUCAGAUUCCAAGUACUUUGGUUUCACAGGAACAAGUUGAUGGCAAGCUACAGUGCUCGGUAUGUUGGGAGGACUUCAGACUGGCUGAACCUGUUAGGCAGUUACCUUGUCAACACUUUUAUCAUGCCCCUUGCAUCGUUCCUUGGCUAGAGUUGCACGGUACCUGUCCAAUUUGCAGGCAGAGCUUGGGAGAUCAGAAUUCAGUUGAAGCAAAUCAAGACACAGUAGCCCCAAGCUUAGCUGCUCUAUUCAGAGCAGCCAAUGAAUCAAACAGUAGCAGGACCUCUUCUACCUCGUCGACAUCAACCGGUAGUAGUUCCAGCAGUGACUCUACAAACGAAAUUUGAAAUUAGGUACUCAUGAUCGUUUCAUCACCACCUCUGACCUGGUAUAACUCUUUGAUACGGUUCACAUCUUGCUGCGUGUAAUUUAUUUGAAAACUGAAACGGUGAAUCGCUCAGCUUUUCUCUAUUCCUUGAUCACGGUAGCAACAUUUUUUAGCACUCAGUAUAUAUUAAACUGCCAUCAGCAAAUCAAAUUAUCUUUGUCCCUUGAAAAGAAUAACAUUUCAAUAUUAUUAAAUCUUAGUUUGCUUCCUGACAUUCAAAAUCCCACCUUUGGCCUGUGUUGUCUUGAUUGAUCUUUCAUUAUUUAAAAUAUCUGUUUGCUUGUCUGCAUACUCACUGAAUCCAAUUUCUCACCUAGAAUCAGUAAUGCAAGUGUCAAACCAAUAAAGGGGACAUUACCUCAUCAACUUGGUUAGUCUAUUCGAUUCAGUCACACUAUUGAUUCAUAUUUGUAGUCAAGUAACUUAUUUCACCCAGUUAUUUAAACUAAAUCACCAGUUGCAUAGCAACGCAGAAAUGUUUUGAUAAACAGUUGGACAUUGAUUGAUAUUUUUUACGAUUCAGAAACGGCCCUCGAACUGAAAUCUACUCUUAGAGUUGUUCAUUUUAGGGAUAAUGCAAGAUUUCUAUUCUAGUUCAGUGAAAAAGCUAUUUCAAAUCAUUGUUCAGUUUCGUUACUGAAUACUGAUCAAGCCAAUGGAGUUCGUAGCUAUUGAACGUUUUUACUAUGCUAUUUCACCAAUGGGAAAGUAGCAUCGAUCUAAAAUCCAUAUUUCUGAACUUCGAAAGAGUAGCUUGUUAGGAACAUCGGGGUAGUUUUCGGUAAAUAAUAUGAACAAUAUGCGUUAAAUUUAUUUUGUAUAAUGCUAAUUAUAUUUUACCAAAUUUUCGACUCGAAUAUGUAUGUUACAUACUCAUGUACAUCCAUGUAUUCGUAUGUGUGUAUAUAGGCGUAAAAGAGGUCACAGCUGUUUGUUUAUUGGUGGAAUGAGAGUAUGGAACAUGCUCGACGGCUGUAUUCGUUAAUUGAGUCAGCAAGUUCCAACAUACAUAUAUUUCAUAGGUAAUUAGAAGAGUAAAUCACCAAUUAGAGAUGUGAUAAAACUUUUGGAAAGCAGACAGUUUCGUCAUUCAACUUGGGCAUACCAGUAGAGUUUAGACAGACUAAAAUAUAUAGUUAAAAAUUAUUGUUGACGUUAGAAUUAUUGAUUUCUAUUACAUUUUUACAAGUGUAUGCUUAAAAAAUAUUUGACAUGAAAAGUUUUAUUAACAGGUAAAUUUCAUCUUAAAGAUAUGCAUGCACUUGAUGAAAUACUACAUUGGAAUAUUUUUGAGCUAUCAUAUGUACUCUUGGCUGUUGAGUGACAUUCUUAGUUGUUAAAUUUUAGAUGAGUCAUGUCCGAAGCAUAAC